UCCUUUCUGCUCAUUCAGUUUCCCCCAAAUACUCUCUCUAUAUAUCUAUAUCUAUUUUACUCUCUCACGUUUCCUUCACAAAUCAGUUGUGUACAAAGAUCGGAGAAUCUCUGUUUCUUCUGCAGAAUUUUGGGGAACUUUUGUAGAAAAAUGGCGAGACCUAAUCAAGAAGAAAUCGAGACAUUCAUGAACAUUACUGGUGUUUCUGAAGCCACCGCUAUUCAGAAACUUGAGGAGCAUGGUGGAAAUCUGAAUGAAGCUGUGAAUGCACAUUUCAACCAGGGUGACAUUAAUAGAGUACAUGCAGCACCUGUUCCUGCUGCUCCACACGAGGAUGAUAUGGAAAUAGAUGAUCCGAUUACAGAGGAAUUUCACAGACCUCCUUUUUCAGUUUUUUCCUCUUCUAGAAGUCCAAAUGCUUUCUCCCUUCUUGAUCCUAGUUUGGCUAGAAGUUUGUUUGACACCGAUCUUACAAGCCGUGCUCCAUUUGUUUCACAUCCAAGACAAGUAAGAGAGAUCCCUAUUGAGGUGAAGGAUGGGGAUGGACAAUCUGGUCAUUCGAGAAAUGCUCCUGUUAUUGAGGAUGUUACAGAUGCUGAUCAGACCCAUGGCCCAGAAACUCGCGGGACUGUCAUAAUUGACGAGGAUGAUGACGAAGUAGUUCCAGGUCCUCUGGCAACACAUGCUGCCAGGCGUGAUAGAACAAAUGAAGAUAUCUUUGGCGGGGACUCUACAACUGUGUUCUCAGGGCCAAGCGCUCCUGGUGGUGAUGUCUUGCCAGACUAUGCCAAUGAUAUUGAGGAGGAAAUGGUUCGUGCUGCGAUCGAAGCUUCCAAACGUGACGCUGAAAUGUCGACCCAACAAUUUGAUGUCAACAUUAAUCUAAGUGAUCCAAGGCCUCAACCAAGGGAGUCUCAUCUGGAGGAUGCUCAACUUGCACAUGCAGUCUCUUUGUCUUUGAAGGCUGCUGAGCAGGAGAAAGCAGUGCAUGAAGAAAGCAAAGCUAUACCAGAAUCAGAAGGUUAUAGGCCAGCUGAAGAGAAUGAGCAUGGAAAAUCAACAAUUUCAAAUGGAAGGCAAUUUAGAUCAGAGGUGGGGAGUUCAUCAGUCCAAGAUGAAGCUGAAGACUUAGAAGAGGAACCACUGGUUUGGCGCAGAAGAAAACCUAUAUCUUCAGGUUCUGAAACAGCUCAGGAUGUCGAAGAACGUGUUGUUAGCCCAUUAUCAAGUCCCCGACAGAAUCUUAAUCACUCCCCGAGAAACGGUGCUGACUUCCAGUCUGAUGAGUGGGGUGGCAUGUCAUCCCUGGAACAUGAUGAAGCUGUCAUGCUUGAAGCUGCAAUAUUUGGUGGAAUACCUGAGGGUGCUGGAUAUCGUUUGCCAUCUGCACCUCAUCAGCCUAUUCAGAAUGGUGCUGAUGGACCUAUGGGUCCCUAUCAAUGGCGCAUGCCUCGUGCCCCAUCUCCCUCUCUUGUGGCACAGCGUUUACUUCGGGAACAGCAGGAUGAUGAAUAUCAUGCUGCAUUGCAAGCUGAUAGAGAAAAGGAAUUGAAGGCCAAGCAAGAAGCUGAAGCUGCACUUGAAGAAAAGAGACUGGAGGAGGAGGAAUUACGAAGGAAAGCAGAGGAGGAAAAGGAAAUGGAGAGACAAUUAGCAGCAAAAGAAGCUUCUCUUCCUCAGGAGCCAACAGGAGAUAACGAGAAUGCUGUGAAUCUCGUUGUGCGUAUGCCAGAUGGCAGCCGCAGAGGCCGGCGCUUUCUCAAAUCUGAUAGAUUACAGUCUCUUUUCGAUUAUAUUGAUGUUGGCAGAGUGGUCAAACCCGGGACAUAUAGAUUGGUAAGACCAUAUCCAAGGCGUGCUUUCAGUGAUGGAGAGAAUACCCUGUCUCUGGACGAACUGGGGUUGACCAGCAAACAAGAAGCCUUGUUUCUGGAGUCUAUAUAAGUUCUUUACGUUGUAUAGUAGUUUCAGAUCUCUUCCUAAAGACAGAUUUAUACAUACGUGAAAAUGGUGUUCAUGGGUUGGUUUGUUUUGGUUGGUAAACGUCACUGCAAAUUUAUCUGGUUGCUAGGGAGAACGCCAUAUGAUGAUCAUGAUAAGUGAGGAGUAUUCCAACGAUUUAUGGUGCUUUAUAUAUCGAAUUAAAUCA